CCGCAGCUCCGCCCCCGGCCCGGCCCGGCCCGGCCCCGGGCCCGCUCGCCCGCCGCCCCGCAUGGAGCUGUCAGCCAUCGGCGAGCAGGUGUUCGCGGUGGAGAGCAUCCGGAAGAAGCGCGUGCGGAAGGGUAAAGUCGAAUAUCUGGUGAAAUGGAAAGGAUGGCCUCCAAAGUACAGCACAUGGGAGCCAGAAGAGCACAUCCUGGACCCCCGCCUGGUCAUGGCCUAUGAGGAGAAGGAGGAGAGAGACCGAGCGUCGGGGUAUAGGAAGAGAGGUCCGAAACCCAAGCGGCUUCUGCUGCAGCGGCUGUACAGCAUGGACCUGCGGAGCUCCCACAAGGCCAAGGGCAAGGAGAAGCUGUGCUUCUCCCUGACGCGCCCACUCGGCAGCGGGAGCCCUGAGGGGGUGGUCAAGGCAGGGGCGCCCGAGCUGGUGGACAAGGGCCCCUUGGUGCCCACCCUGCCCUUCCCGCUCCGCAAGCCGCGCAAGGCCCACAAGUACCUGCGGCUCUCACGCAAGAAGUUCCCGCCCCGCGGGCCCGACCUGGAGAGUCACAGCCAUCCACGGGAGCUCUUCCUGCAGGAGCCAGCAGCCCCGGACGUCCUGCAGGCGGCCAGCGAGUGGGAGCCUGCUGAGCAGCCCCCCGAGGAGGAGGAUGCAGACCUGGCCGAGGGGCCCCCUCCUUGGACUCCCGUGCUCCCCCCGAGCGAAGUGACAGUGACCGAUAUCACCGCCAAUUCCGUCACCGUCACCUUCCGCGAGGCCCAGGCGGCUGAAGGUUUCUUCCGGGACCGCGGCGGGAAGUUCUGAGUCACCGUUUUUACUCUUCGUAAACUGUUUGCUUUUGGGCUUGGGGUGGGGACUUCCAGAGAUGGGGAGGGGUUGGGGGCGGGGUAAUUAUUUUAUUUAAAAAUAUAUGGAACAGGAGAAGGGGGGGAAGAUCCUGACACUUUCCCGCCACCUCGCCCCUUUCUCUGCGUGUGAUGUUUACAGAAAGGCUCGGUGGUCUGUCUGGGGGGCUGGGGAGGCCCGGCAUCGCUCUGUCGGUCAGGGUGCCAUCUCUGGGCCCCCCACCCCUGGAUGCCUCCACCACCAGUGUUCUCUAGAGACGCAGCAGCUGGUCCCAGGAACCAAAGGAGAGCGGGAAGGCCCAGACCCUCCCCCUGAGCCACCCCCUCCCGCCUUUUCGGUUGGUUUCCCUUUUCCGUUUUGGGGGCGGCGGGUGGGGGUGGGUCGCUGUGUGUCACUUUCCACCCCAGCUUUGUGGCGGGAUACGGAGGCUGGCUUUGGCCAAAAAGGACUGGGUCAAAAUGAGGGGGCAGGAGGAAGGCUUUGAGGUCGCUGGGGUGCGUUCCAGACCCUUCAGAGAGGCCUUCCCCUGGGGGUGGCUGCCCGCCGAGCCCCUUCUCCGGGGAGCUCCCCCACCCGCAUCGCCUGACCCGUGAGGUGGGCGCACCCGGCCCUGUGCCCUCGCGACCGCGCGCGCUGCCUGCAGGCGUGGGCCGUGGGCCUUGCAAAUCUCCUGUUCAGAAACCCUGACCCGGGGAAUGCGGGGCGAUUCGCAGCACCUGAGAACUUGUCGGGGGCACCCCACCCUUAACCACCCUUGUACAGCACAUCGUGUGACGGGCUCUGUCCCAACUCCGUUUGCUCACAGCUGUCAGCAGAGGGCAGGAUGGCCUCCGAUGCUCCCAGCACGCAGUGGGGUUUUGUGGCUUCACCUGACCGGCCACAGGUGUGCACGUGUCUGUGCAGGUGCGCCGUGGGUCAGCACUGGCUCUGAGGCACUUGGGCCCUGUCCUUCUUCCCCGAGGGGCUCUUGUUUUCUCUGACUCAGGUGACUUUUCAACCCUACCCACUCCUCUCUUUUUCUGCCCUCCCAGAGAGGGAGGGAGCGUCCCGUCACCUUCUCAGGGCAGCCUUCAACUCCCGAAACUCUCCCUCCUCCCAUUCCGUGUCCCCUUCCCAUUCGUCCGAAAUGCCACAGCCGGGAGCGACCUAGUUUUGCUUUGGGGGGGACCUCUGCCGUGUCUCUCUGCCGUCUGGCUGCGGUGGACGGUGGGUCAGGCUGUGUGUCAGCCCCGGGCCCACCCGGCAAGGGGCUGUGGCUGCCAGGAGGAGGGGCCCUCGGUUCCUGGUUUGCGCAAAUGUGCCCUGAGGGCAAGUGGCUUCCCAGGCGAGGAGGAGCGUCCUCUCCCCCUCUCCCCUGCCCCAGCCCUGUAAGGGAGAAAAAGCCAGAUGGCAGGGGCGGGGGUGGGGGGGGGUGGGGGGCGCCAGGGGAGCAAAAGUAAAAGGCUGGCUCCCUCUCCCUUUCCCCCAUCAUCAGAGUGGGGGCGCUUGGGGGGGGGCCUGCCCGCCUUCUCCCAGGGCUCUCUCCCCACUCUGCUUUGUCCUGAGGAAGUCAGCAGAACCCUGCUGAGGCAAGGAUAGGGCGGUUCUUCCCCCAGACCCCUUCUCCCCAAGUUCCCAAACCAAAGACAGCCUGUACCCCAUUUUUGUUUGGGGUGCCCUGCUGGCAAGAUUCCUAAAUCCCUGAGUCUCUCUCUCCCCUCCCUCCUUAAUCCUUCGUUGUCCAGGGUCAAUUCAGUGCUUCCAUUGGGGGGUGGUCCCCUCUGGUGGUUCCUCCCAGCCUGGGAAGUUGACUCUAGAGGAGUAUGUGGGGGUGGACCAGGGAAGGAGGGGCAGCUGGACACCUCCACCCUGACCAGCUGGGAGACCCUGGGUCGGGGAAGGGCAGUUUGGAAUUGGGGGGGGGGGUCUCCCAGGACAGGGGCUCCCAACAGAUGUGAGGGUGGUGGGGAGGGUGGCCGGGGGUGGGGGUCUGUCUGAUUGAAUGCCGUCGCCCGUGGCUUUGGGACCCGGCUGGCGGCUUGCAAUAGAAGGAACCCCCCCACCCCCAGGGGACAUGGGACCUCUUCCUGCCUCAUGGGCACUUUGAAAGAACUGUUUGUGCAAUUAGCAGGCCUGGAGAUUUGGGGGGCUCUUUGUGGAGUGAGACGGCUGAUGUUCUGUCUGCUGCAGCAAAAUGCUUCUUGCCCCUUCCUCAGCAUCCCGCGUCUCAGAGAGGGCAGAACCCUGGGAGCCGGGGCUCCCCGCGGCUCCCUGGGAUGGAGACCUCUAUGAGGGGCUGGGUGCGGCCUGGCAGGCCUCUUCCCAGCCCUGAGCGUCCCAGUGGGGCCUGGGACACUGAGCUCCCACCCCACCCUUCCCCAGAAGGCCAGUACUUGCAGGGGUGGGGGUUCUUAGAAAGAGUUGGACCCCCUGUCUUCCCCCCCUCCAGCCCCCACCCAUUUUGAAUGUAGAGAGCCCGGUCGGUACUUUCCUCUUGCUGUGGGAUGGGGCGAGGAGAGGAUUCCUCCACCCCCACACGGCCACUUGUGAUGCCCAGCCGAGCCCUGUCAUCCCUCCGGGGUGAUGAUCCCCUUGCUGACUCCCCUCCUGCGGGGGCCGCUAUGCCCGUGUCAGGUGGCUUAGCUUUGCUUUGUAAGUGGCCAGCCCGGCCUCCACGUCUCAGCACAGGAACGCUGCCUUUGC